AGACAAUCUGGCAUUGUUAUCCUAUCGCUCUAUCGCUAUAAAUCAAUUCCCCGAAAACCGUUCAAUUUCCUCCAACCUUGACACCAUGUCUGGAAACUCGCAAACCAAAGUUGAUAUCCACAUUCUUUUCUUCAAAUCAACCACCGAUCCUCGCAACCCUGGAGAUGUUGCCUUGUGGUUCAAUUGCUCAGAGCCGUUUCUGAUUCACCUUGACGGACCAAACGGCGGCCACUGCCUCAACGUCAAAGAAAACUACUAUCCUUCUGCUAGUAGGCAGUUCCGAAAGUCGGUGAUUGUGGGAGCAGGAAAAUCCGCCACAAAGGCCCAGAUAGUUUCGGUCGUUUCUCAGAUGCGUAUCGACAAUUCAAGGCCAUUCGGUUCCGAGGAGUGGACUGGCAAUGCCCUCCACCUGCUGGCCCAGGGGAGAUAUGUAGAGCGGGAGGAGUACUUGAGGUCUGUCAACGAGAUGAUUGAUGUAACAAAAGGGGGCGCUGGACGCGCCUGAUUCAUGUAUUUUAGAUCGCAGGGUGAGCGUGUGGGUGUCGACGACGCAUAAGCAAUGAUGCCGACUCUUCCCUACGGAACACCCCAUCACAAGAC